CCCGUCAUUUUGUAGUAUAAUUACCAUGUAGGUUCUAGCAUUUUCCACAGCAUCGUGUAUAAAACUCAAAAGUCCAUAACAACACUAAACACACCACUGUAACUGUGAUUUGGUGAAGAAGAGGAAAUGGCGGAAGAGCUAUCAUUGGAUUUGGAAGAGCUUCGUCACCUCCACAGCAUCGCCAAAAGACCCCGAACCCUCUCUAUCCUCUCCAACGAGAUUCGCAACCUCGAGAAGUUAUCAUCAGAGGCGUCUUCUGGAAAGGCUUCGCAGAUUCCAGCACCUAUUUCAACCGCAACUAGGGUUCCAUCCGAAGCCGCAAUCCAUUAUUCUCCCCUUGCAUCCUUCAGUUGGGAUCAGGAUAACGAUAAAGUUAAGAUAUAUGUUUCUCUUGAGGGAGUUGAUGAGAGUAAGAUUCAGUCUGAGUUUAAGCCAACAUCCUUUGAUGUUAAGUUCCACGACAUUCUAGGGAAGAACUACCGGUGUGCAAUACCAAAAUUGCAUGAUGAGAUAGUGCCAGAGAAAUGCAAGAUUUUGGUCAAGCCUACAAGGGUGGUUAUCACCCUGGUCAAGGCUUCCAAAGGAAAUUGGAUGGAUUUGCACUUAAAAGAGGACAAGCUGAAGCCUAAUUUGGAUAAAGAGAAAGACCCAAUGGCAGGAAUCAUGGAUUUAAUGAAGAAUAUGUACGAGGAAGGGGAUGAUGAGAUGAAGAAAACAAUUGCAAAAGCAUGGACUGAUGCAAGAACCGGCAAGACGGCUGACCCAUUGAGUGGCUAUCGUUGAGCAAAGAACUGGUGGUGUAAAAAUGUCAAUUUUCUUUUUCUAGAGAAUCGGUUGCCCGUUUUAGUUGCAUUUUGCAUGGUUUAGUGUUCUUGAAUUGAAUUGAAUGAAUGCUUGGCACUGUGUCAAUGGCAUUUUUAGGUGGAGCAGAUGUGAAGUUAUUGUUGCUUUAAUUUUAUUAAAAUACUAGUUUUUUUCUU